CUCUUGCCGCCGCCGCCGCCGCCGCCGAGCCGCCCACCGCCGAGGCCGUCCACCCCGUACGUUCGCGAAGCCCAGGUCGCCGCAAACCCGCAGCCCCGUGGUUCUGGACUCCAGCCUCUGCCCCGACGCCCCGGGGUGCUCCACCGCCGUCCAGCCCCACCGCAGAGCCUGAACAUUUGGAGGCGUUGCAUUUCCUUUGUUGCCCAUGGGGAAGCUGAAGCCCGCCCCUCCGACUGCUACUCCUCGAGGUCAGAAGAGACGCCGUGAGAAGCCCAAAAGGCAGGUGCUUGACGACGAUCUUCCUGACUCCUCAGCUGGAAUCAUAUCAGCGAAGGCUGUUCGACGUGAGAAACCAUCCAAUGAGAGCCCUCAAGGCCUACAUCAGAGUGAUGAUGAUGACUCAGAUGACUGCCCUGUUUCCAGUGAGGAUGAGGCACAUGAUAUGAUCAGCAAUAAAAAUGAUGCUGUUGAUGAAACGGAGCCGUCAUGUUCAUUUCAGCGUCAUGUUACCCACGUGCUAGAAAAUGACGAAGUCAAUGCAUUAGUGAACCGGAAGAGUAAAUUUAAAUGGGAGAUGCCUGCAGAGGACAUUCGAAAAUCCAAAUGGGUUGGAACAGGUGAACAAAUUAAGGGAGCUUCUGAUGAUCCUUUUGUUGAUGUCAAAGGAAAGCUGAAGGACCACUGGCAAAAAAUCCUCUCUGAUGACUUGAAUUAUAGAUCGAGGUUCUUCUCUCUUUGCAAUAGCUAUCGUGACAUAAUGCAUUGUAAUAAGAAGCCAUUUUAUCUUAAGGGUAGUAAGGUGGAUUCCAGUACUAUGGACGCAUAUCUUAUGCAUGCUUUGAGCCAUGUUCAUAGGACAAGAGAUGUUGUCAUUAAGAAUGAUGCGAACCUUAGGAAUGAUGCUAACUCAGAUGUUUUGGGUGAUGACUCAUACCGUGAUCAGGGUUUUACACGUCCGAAGGUUCUUUUCUUGCUACCUCUCAAAAGCAUUGCACGACGUGUUGUGAAGAGAUUAAUCCAAUUAUCUCCGCUGGCACAAAAGGAUAAUUCUAUGGGACAAUUCAAGAAAGAGUUCGGUGACUCAGAUGAUGAACUGGAGGAGCCAAAUAGUUCAAAACCAACAGAUUUUAACCUUCUUUUUGCUGGGGAUGUUGAAGAUCACUUCCUUUUUGGAAUAAAAUUUACAAAGAAAUCUGUUAAGCUAUACAGCAAUUUCUACGCUUCUGAUAUCAUAAUUGCAUCUCCUUUAGCGCUUAAACUUAAAAUCGAUGGAGGUGAAGUUACCCAGAAAAAGGGACGCCCCAAGGAAAACGAUUCUGAUUUCCUGUCUUCAAUUGAAAUAGUGGUGGUUGAUUACGCAGAUGUGAUAUCUAUGCAGAAUUGGUCACAUCUGCAUGCUGUUCUUGAGCAACUAAAUCAUUUGCCAUCAAAAGAGCAUGUAACCAAUGUGAUGCGGAUCAGGCCAUGGUACCUGGAUGAGCAAGCACGCUACUAUCGGCAAACAAUAAUCUUAAGCUCGUAUCUUACGCCAGAGAUGAAUGCUUUGUUCAAUGGAUUAUGCUUAAAUUACGAAGGAAAGGUUAAGCUGGUGACUGAGUUUACAGGUGUUCUUCCCAAAGUACAGCUUGAAAUACGGCAGGUGUAUGAACGCUUUGAUGCAUCUUCUAUCAGUGAACUUGAUGAUGCCCGCUUUGAAUAUUUCUGCACAAAGGUGUACCCAAAGAUUCAGGAGUCGGAUGAGGGUGGGGUGUUGCUAUUCGCCAGUUCUUAUUUUGAAUAUAUUAGGCUGAGCAGUUUUCUAAAAUCUCAGGAUGCGUCUUUCUGUAGAAUUGGGGAGGCAACGUCACAGCAGGAUAUAUCUCGUGCAAGGCUCUGGUUCUUUGAGGGCCAGAAGAAAAUCUUGCUUUAUAGCGAGAGAUCUCACUUCUUCCACAGAUACAAGAUCAGGGGAGGACAUCAUUUGGUUAUAUACUCAUUGCCAGGGAGAAAGGAUUUCUAUCCAGAGCUUGUGAAUAUGCUCGGUGAAUCAGCAAAUCCCAGGUGCAAUGUGCUUUUUUCUCGACUGGACCUCCUUAAGCUGGAGCGGAUCGUCGGAACGUCGUCUGCGCGGAGGCUGAUUUCUUCCGACAAGGAUAUGUUUGUCUUCUGCUGACCGUGUGCAUUGAGCGUAAGACGGCCUAGCCGACCUGAAUUUUGGAACAUGAGCUGAAAAUCCGCUGUUGACUAGUCGAGUUGAAAGUUUUUGUGCCUGAAGUUGCAGUAGCAGAUUGUACCUUGUAGAGGAUUAAUGUUUCCAAAUUUUGUUUCUCCUCAAUCUUGAGUAUGCCUUGUUCUACGGAGCUUGGUCGUUGUUGCGCCAAACGCCACCAGUUAUGUGCGCCCCCUCAGAUUUUUUUGGUACAGCUUCAGGUAUUUUGGGAAAA